CAAUUCUCUCUCCCUCUCUCUCUCUCUCUCCAAAACCCUAAUUAAAGAAUUUCGUAAAACUUCGAUCGCACCAGAAGCUUUACAAGAGACCAAUUCCUGAGUUUCGAUAAAAACAACCCCUUUAAUUCGAUUGAAGAGUCCAUCAGUUUCAUGCAAAAACGUUCAUUGAUAUACGUAAAAUCGUAUUGCAUAUAGAAUAUAUAUAUACAGGUUUAUAUCUGUAUAUAUUUUCCAUCUGGGUUGUCGUGAUCACCACUUGAAACCCUCAAAUUUGUUUCAUGUCGAAUUCGGGUCGGAGUCGGGUCCGAGAGGACAGAUUUUACAGCCCACCGGCGAUGAGAAGGUACAAUCAGCAACAGCAGAAGCAAGUACAACAAGAAGAGCAGAAAGUACAACCCCCACGCCAUCAGGAAAAGCAGCAGCAAUCUGAGUCUUUGCUGAGUAGCAACAUUAGUGUCGUGACGACUAAUUUGGAUCGGUUCAUGAAGCACACGACUCCAAUUGUCACGGCUCAGCAUUUUUCUAAGACUAGCAUGAAGGGAUGGAGGGAUCAAGAUAAAUAUUACAACCCAUACUUCAUACUUGGUGAUCUUUGGGAAUCCUUAAAGGAAUGGAGCGCAUAUGGAGCUGGAGUUCCUCUUGUGUUGAAUGAAAGCGACUCUGUUGUGCAAUACUAUGUGCCAUAUUUGUCUGCCAUUCAGCUAUAUGUAGAUCCAUCAGCACCCGUAACAAGCAUAAGAAGGCCUGGUGAGGAAAGUGACUCUGAUUCAUCAAGAGCGACGAGUAGUGAUGGAAGCUAUGAGCCUGGAUCAGUUGGUCUUAGACCUCGAGUUCAAGAAAACGUUGGUUCUAUUGCAGAGAGUUUUAAUAAACUCAUGCUCAGAAGUGAUCCUUUUGCGGGAGAUGGCAUUGAGGAAGGCGAGAUUAGAAACCCACCUGGGCUUUUGAUAUUUGAAUACUUUGAGCGUGCUUUACCUUAUCAUCGUGCACCUUUAGCUGACAAGAUAUCGGAUCUUGCAUCAAAGUUUCCGGAACUGAAAACAUAUAGGAGCUGUGAUCUGACUCAAUCAAGUUGGGUUUCAGUUGCUUGGUAUCCCAUAUACAGAAUACCUGUGGGUCCAUCUCUGCAGAAUCUUGAUGCCAGUUUCCUAACUUUCCAUUCUCUAUCAACACCUUCAAGAAGUGUGGAUGGGGCUCAUGGGUCAAGUGUAAUUGAGGUUGAUGAUGUGUGGCGGAUAUUGUUGCCAAUCUUUGGACUGGCUGUUUACAAGUUCAAGAGUUCCGAUUGGACCCAAAGUGGGAUUCAUGGUACCGAAAAAGUGAACUCCCUGAUGCAGUCGACUGAAAACUGGCUGCGGAAUUUGAAUGUGUAUCACCCGGAUUUCAUGUUUUUCAAAAACCAUGAGUUUUGGCGGUGAAAGUAGGUGGUAAAAGAAAGAAAGAGAUAGGAAGGAGUAAAACUGACGAAAUGUUUUUGUUUUUGGUGAUAGCAAUAGUCCAUGUUGGGGCUGCUGUUUGAUUUAGUACAGUAGUAGUGUGUGUACAAACUGUGUAAACUAAUGAUUUUUGUGCUAAAUUCAAACUAA